AUGACCAGCACAGGAAUAAGAGAAAAGACAGAUAUAAAGACAGACGACUCAAGAAGGAGAGGGAGGGCGGCGGAGGAGGGUGGGAGAGCACACUGGGGAGGAGAAAGCCGCAGUGGAAGGGGUUUGGGGGUACCUGGCCAGCCGAUGGCCGUGGGGAGAUACUUAUCGCCCCAACUGGCCCUGACAAGCGUGGGAGAGCCACCGCGAACAGGAACAGCAGCAGAUGGGGAGUGCCCAGCGCCUAUCGAGGGGCUUCCAAGAAUAACUACGCUCAUGGAAACAGUCCCUUUCAAGGCAGCUAUCUUCUUCGCCUGUCUGAUUCUGACUUAUGGCUCUGUGCUAUGGGGUCAAAGUAUUCCGUAG